CAGACGGAUCUACUUGUGGCUACAAUCUGCAACCACCAAGCACCGAAAGAACACGUUUGCUGGUUUUUUCGGACAGUAUAUAAUAUUAUUAUUAUUCACACGCCUUAUUAGUGUAUAAAACUUUUUUUUUUUUUUGGUUUCGACAAACCCGGUAAAAUGAUCAAACUCUUUGCGUUCCUGGCGGUCUGCUGCGUGGCCGCGACUGUGGUCGAUGUUCAAGCGGCCCCGUCCAAGUACACCACCAAAUUCGACAACGUCAACGUAGACGAGAUCCUCAACAAUGACCGUUUGCUCAACAGCUAUUUCAAAUGUCUAAUGGACCAGGGAAAGUGUACUCCAGAGGGCGAAGAACUCAAACGUUGGAUACCGGACGCCAUGGAUAAUAACUGUAAGGAUUGUUCGGAGAAACAGAGGCAGGGAGCAGAAAAAAUAAUCAAAUUCAUGGCCGAAAAGAAGAAGGAUAUGUGGAAAAAGCUGGAGGAAAAGUAUGAUCCCGACGGCACCUUUAGGGAACGUUAUAAGGACGAAGCGAAGCGGCUUAAUAUAGAAAUAUUAGAAUUUUUGUCCCAAAUAAAAAACAACAACGACAUAAUGUUUUACUGUUUUGUCGUCGUAUUGUGCGUCGUACGCGUACCAGCGGCGCUCUGCGGACCGUUUCCCCAACAACAGGCACAAAACGGAAGUCCACAAUCCGUCCAACAGUCCGGUCAACAACCCGUCCAACAACCUGUCCAACAGAACAUUCAACAGCCGAGCCAACAGCCUGCGCAACAAUCCGGACCACAGCCCGCUCAACAGCCCGGACAACAGCCCAUCCAACAAAUCAACCAACAACAUCCUGGACAACACCUUGGCCAGAACGGGCUACCUCAGUCCGGCGAACAACAGCCCGAUUACCGGCAAAACGAACAAAAACAAGCGAUUGAACGCUUCUCCCACAAUCUAGUGGCCAACCCGAGAAUCCGAAAGAACUACCUCAUGUGCUUUUUGGACCACGGUCCGUGCAGUCCCGAUGCCCAAAACCUCAAACCAGAAGUGCUUCCGGACGCCAUUAGAGAGGAGUGCACACAUUGUACAGAUUUACAAAAGAAAGUUAUCGAAAAAAUGAUGUGCUAUUUAAACAAUCACCAACCGCAAAUACUUAGGCAAGUGGCGGCUAAGUUCGAUCCCCAGGGAGACUACAUGAAGCAGUAUAUAAGCGCGCUGGAAAAGAAACAAAACGAAGAGUUACAGAAACAGCAACAACUUCCAGUAGAGUCGACCACUCCUGUGACAACGACGACGACGACCAAGAAACCUUGAAAGAAUUCGUCUAGUAUACUUGUUUUCCAGGUUAUCGCCUAAGUGAUUCGAUAGUUAAACAAUACUAUAUGUAUUUUUUAAAUACAGUGUACUAUGAAUACUCGUACAGCUUUUUAAUAAAAUACAACUAGUACCUGCCUACUAACUAUAGUAAUUUUAUGAA